AUGGCCGACCGAUCUCAGGCCAGGGAGGUGAAGGCGGAUGGCAGCGGCACAGCAGCCAAGUUGAAUGAGCGCGCACAACCCUCGAAUAUCGCAUCACCCCCAGGCUCCAAGACACCACCAAGCAUGCCAUCAAAGCGAACUAUCCUGUUUCCAGCCAACCAGCCACAACAAAGACCGCUAGAAGGGUCGGAACCGGUGGACGCGGGUGCCCUGUCCCGGGCACUAAAGGACUAUGAUGAGGCAGGGCAUCGUCGGGAGAGAACUCCAGGCACAAGCCCUUGCCGCAAGAGGCAGCGGGUGUAUGGAGAUCGAUUCAUUCCUAACCGUGAUGGACAAGACUUGCAGGCAACCUUCAGCCUGUUGCAUGAGGAUGGCUGCCCUUCAACCCCGUCCAAAACAAAGAGACGGACCCCCCACUCUGAGCUCCAUUUCCAGAAGACGGAGGAAGCAAAUCGGACCUUUUCUCGUGUUUUGCGCAGCGAACUGUUUGGUAAUACUGUCCCGCAGCCGGACCUGAACUCGACCUCACCCGAUCCGCUCCUCGGCUUCAGCAAUGGCAUCAAUGACAAGACCCGGUCUCACACCCCUCCCUCUCAUGUGGUGGCCAACGUUCCCCCUGCAAGCAUCACUCCAUCUACUCCACACAAGAAUCUCUUCAACUACGGCCCGACCCGGUCUGGCUCCGGCCACCCGACUCCCUCCAAGACCCCUCGAAGCCACCAUGGACCAAACCUGAAUGUCCGAUCGGAGCUGUACAGCCUCUCACCCAUUCGCUAUGACAGCCAACGGAUCCUCGAGACACCGCGCAAACAGCCCCGCUACGUGAAUAAGGUACCCUACAAGGUCCUGGAUGCGCCUGACCUGCAGGAUGAUUUCUAUCUCAACUUGGUCGACUGGGGAAGCAGCAAUGUUCUGGGUGUGGGGUUGGCCAAUUCGGUGUACAUGUGGAAUUCCCAGUCUGGCCGGGUGACGAAGCUGUGCGAGCUCAAAGACGACACCGUCACUAGUGUCAGCUGGAUUCAGAGGGGUACACAUCUUGCAAUUGGUACGGGUAAAGGUCUCGUGCAGAUUUGGGAUGCGGAGCAUCUUCGUCGACUUCGGACGAUGAUUGGCCAUACGAAUCGUGUUGGGGCACUGGCGUGGAACGACCACAUCCUCACAUCUGGGUCUCGCGAUCGUCUUAUCUAUCACCGAGAUGUCCGGUCCCCUGAUCAGUACAUUCGUCGACUCUCUGGUCAUAAGCAAGAAGUCUGCGGGUUGAAGUGGAACACGGAAGAUGGUCAAUUGGCAUCUGGUGGCAACGACAACAAGUUGAUGGUGUGGGACAAGCUGAACGAGACUCCCCUCUAUCGCUUUUCCGACCACAGCGCCGCAGUCAAGGCCAUCGCGUGGUCCCCGCACCAGCACCAUCUCCUUGCCUCGGGUGGUGGUACGGCCGAUCGCACGAUCAAAUUCUGGAACACGUCAACGGGUUCGAUGAUCAAGGAGGUUGACACCGGCAGCCAAGUAUGCAAUCUGUCUUGGUCCAAGAACUCGGACGAGAUCAUCAGCACGCACGGCUACAGUCAGAACCAAAUUGUCAUCUGGAAGUAUCCGCGCAUGGAGCAGAUUGUUUCUCUGACCGGCCACACCUUCCGUGUCCUGUACCUCGCCAUGAGCCCGGACGGACAAACGGUUGUGACGGGCGCUGGUGAUGAGACCCUGCGUUUCUGGAAAAUCUUCGACAAGAGGGCUACUCGAGACACUCGCCGCGAGGGCAGCAAGCUUGCUGAGUGGGGCACCAUUCGGUAG